UUUCAGGGAUAAAAAUCUGUAAUUACUGUAAAAUAAAACAAGAAGGCGAGGACAAGAAAGUGGAUAAUGGUGGAAGAGGAUGAAACGGCUGGUAAAACACCAGAGGAGUGUCGCGACCUUGGAUUAUGGGAAGUGGAUCUGGUCUAUUAUAGUCUCAGCGGGAACAACAAGGGAGAUUCCACGAAAAAUAGACGUGGGAAAGCCUACAAAGCACGAAGUGAUAGUGAAUACAAAUGUUUCGAAGCACAUGACGGAGUACUUUAUCGACCGGGCGAUCAUGUUUUCAUCGAAGUGUCCCAGUGUGAUCCAUAUUAUAUUGGGACAAUUUCAAAUUUUAAAAUGACAAAACGAGACCAGCUAUCGGUAAAAGUUACACGUUUCUACAGGCCAGAAGAUGUUCCGGAGGAUAGUUACUCACUGUUACUCCAAGAUCGACAGGAUGAUACAUCGCUCAAUCAUGCUGUGAUGGCUGCUAUGCAAACCCGAGAAUUAUUCUCUUCCGAAAUCUCAUCCGUCCAUCCCAUUUGUCAUCUCAGGGGUAAAUGUACGAUACGUUUGAUUAAAGACAUUCGAACGUUACGCGAAUUAGACGUCCAGUCUUUAUCUGAUAUUUUUUUCUCGUUGGUCUCGUUUGAUCCAAAUAAUAGCAGACUGGCGUCUGUACAAGGUGAAAUCCGCGUCGGCGGGUCAUAUCAGGCAAAGCUGCCCCCAAUGGAAAGAUGCUCUGCAGUGGAUGAACCGGAUCGCGAUGAAUUACAGUGGAGGCCGGGUUAUAUCAAUGAAGAGAGCGAACAUGUUUAUAAAAGGGCGACACGAUCAUUUCGGAUGUUUGCUAUGGUUCGGAACGAACAAAUUACGCAAAUGGAACGUGAUUUUAGGACUGGCGAUUUAUGUAUGCAUGAUGCCAUAAUCACGCUGCAUAAAUGUGAUUACAACGUAAAUUAUGCUAUUGAGGCAAUGAAUAAAAAUGACGAACAUAUGCUUAAAGUGACCAAUUUUAUGAAUAUUGAUGAUGCCAAAAAAUUUGCUCGUGGCAUUAAAACCUAUGGGAAAAAUUUCUUGAAAAUCAAGAAGGAACUAUUGCCACAUCAUCGUAGAGAUGAAUUGGUACAGUUCUAUUAUGGAUGGAAGAAGACUCGUGAUGCAACGAGGCCUAAGCCAUUAGCACGACAGCGAAAUACGGCAACUGCAACACAUCGGAAACCAAAAAACAACCAGUUGAAGGCAUCUCGUCCCGGCAGUACUGAUUUGGCUGAUUAUGCAUCCGCGAGCGAGACUGAAAUGGAAGAGUUAGAAAAUGAUGGUCGUGCUGCAGCGUAUGCUUGCCAUCAUUGCUAUACGUCAAAAAGUAAAGACUGGCAUCAUUCGGGUAGAGAACGUCAAUUACUUUGUACUGAGUGUCGAGUUUUUUAUAAGAAGUAUGGGCAGCUGCGUCCCGUUGAUCGACCAAGCACCGUCCCACCAUCACUGUACAAGCCAAGAAGUCCUGAAGGCAACGAUGAUGAGGAACAAGGAGUAAGAACGCGAGCAAAUAAAAAGGAAAGACGUGGCGCCUCGUUAGAGGUGGAUAAAAAGGGUAUUGGUUCACCAAAUGAUGGCGAAGUGAAGCAAAGGAAUGGGAAAAGAAAACGAAAUCAUGCACAGAAUAGUGAAUAUGUAAAUGGGACUACAAAGAAGCGGUUUGUAAAAGGAGAGAAAGAAGACGAAAAUACCGAUAUGCAAGAAGAUGAUGAACCCACUUUCAGUUCAGAAAUCCGCACCAAUGAUAAUUCGUUAAAUACUGGAAAGGGGAAUGAAACAGAGACGUCUGCAGGUUCAGAGUCAGUUUCGGCAUCAAUAAAAGUAGUCAGUGUUGACGAAGAAGGAAAGCACUAUCAGGGGCAAGUAAAAAUGUCUGUAUGCGCGGGAAAAGGAGGUCCAAGUGUUAAACUCCAAACCUUCGUUUCUGCUUCAACCAGUGCUACGGCAAGUGAACCACCUCCAGUCUCCGGGACUGCUGAAAAUGAAGGAGCUGUAGAAAUUGCAACGGAACAGCCUAGCACAAGUUUCGUGAAGCCAGUCGAUCGGACCCCUCCUGAUGAAAUGAAAACCGAGGAAGAAGAUUCAGAUGAUGGUUACUGGACCGUAAAUGAUACAGUUGUUGAAACGACAAAAAAUGCAUUGCUCAUCCGAGUUAUCGAUCGGCGCUGUGGUCAAAUGUGUGCGCGUACAGAUUUAGCUUUUCGCAUGAAACCUGGUUCGGAGUGGGAUAAGAAACGAGAAGCGCGUGCUGCCCUCAAGAACCAUAUAAAUACACAGAAAAAGCCCAAUGAUGCUUUCCCAACUCCAGUUACAGUACCAAAAUUGCCAUCUGCGCAGCUUGCACCUUUGUCGGGGGCACCAAAUGUUGAAGCAUUCAUGGGAGGUCGGGUCCCCAUGAAUGGUACUGCAGUUUCUGGUUUGCCAGGAAUGUUUCCCGGUAUGCCAGAUCCACGAUUCGGUUUCCUUACUCCUCAACAACAGUAUGCUAUCGCUGUCGAACAACAAGUUUUUCAAAAGCAGAUGGAGCAGCAGCUGCGGGCACAUCAGUUAGAAAUGAUACGAAGUGGUGCGAAUGGUACAGUAACGACGGGUUCUACAGUAACAGCUGUUCGUGAUUCUCCAUCCCGUGGUGGUACUGCUGCGGCUGCUGUUAAUGCUCAUGGAUUUCCUCCCAACAUGCUUCCACCACCUUUCCAUAAUUUUGGGAUGGAUCCGAGAGCACUUGCUGCGCUGAUGCAUAAUCCACAGCUUGCUUCGCAAUUUGGAAUGGGUAUCGACAGUCAUACCGCAGCAAUGAUAAGUGCCUUGGAGCAGCGAAGUAAUUUGGAGCAGCGCAUGCUUGGCAUGGCUGGCAUGGAAAUGUUGGCUCCGGCUGGAAUACCGGUAUCUCAAGCACCGCAAUCCCAUCUCCAUCCACAUGCUGCUGCCAUGAUGCAGCAUGCAGCAGCCACCCAUCCUGGUGAUGCACUUCAAUUGCAACAACUGUUAGCUAUGUCAGCAGCGGCGCAGGCUCAGGCGCAGCGCCCUUUCCUAGAGCAGAAUGCUCUUUUGCAAAUGACGAUGAUGAAUCCAUUCAGUAAUGAAUUGGGAUCUCGAAUCGUAAAUCCUGGUUCAUUGAAUUCCGACAUGAUGCGGCGGUUGCAACAGGAAGGUGGUUUUGCAACUGCACAGAGGCCAUAAAUGAAUAUGAUUGAUCAGUUCUUUUAGAUGUUACAAAUAAAUGAUUACUGGAAACGGG